GCUAACCGGACGGGUCGCUCCGGCUCUCCAGGGAGAGGAGCUUCCCGGCUCUGGAGAAGGGGCGAGUCUUUUGAGAGCCCCGGGGAAGCGCCGCGUGCUGGAGAGGGACGGUCGGGCUACCCCGGCUCGCGGAGGGCUCGGCUCCGGGCUCCCCUCCUUUCCACCUCGCGAGGGAGGGGGCGAGGGAAGGAGGGGAGGGGAAGGUUCCGCGGAGGAGGCAGAAUGACCAGUCGAGGGGGGCUUGGGGGCUGCUUUUCCCAGAAGCUGCUUCCACUCCUGCGGCUGCCGCGAGGGCUGGCUUGAGCUGGGGCUCCAGGCUCUCCCGCUGCGAGCCAGCGCGGCCCCCCGGGGCCCGGGCAGCGGCGCCGGCAUGACGUCCGGCACCAUGAAGUUCAAUGGUUACUUGAGGGUCCGCAUUGGCGAGGCUGUGGGGCUGCAGCCCACCCGCUGGUCCCUGCGCCACUCGCUCUUCAAGAAGGGCUACCAGCUGCUGGACCCUUACCUGACGGUGAGCGUGGACCAGGUGCGCGUGGGCCAGACCAGCACCAAACAGAAGACCAACAAACCCACGUACAAUGAGGAGUUCUGCACCAACGUAACCGACGGUGGCCACCUCGAACUGGCCGUCUUCCACGAGACGCCCCUGGGCUAUGACCACUUCGUGGCCAACUGCACCCUGCAAUUCCAGGAGCUGCUGCGCACGGCCGGCGCCUCGGACACUUUCGAGGGCUGGGUGGAUCUGGAGCCAGAAGGGAAGGUAUUUGUGGUAAUAACCCUAACAGGGAGCUUCACUGAAGCCACUCUCCAGAGAGACCGAAUCUUCAAACAUUUUACCAGGAAGCGCCAAAGGGCUAUGCGAAGGCGAGUCCACCAGAUCAAUGGACACAAGUUUAUGGCCACAUACCUGAGGCAGCCCACCUACUGCUCUCACUGUAGGGAGUUUAUCUGGGGAGUAUUUGGGAAACAAGGUUAUCAAUGUCAAGUGUGCACCUGUGUCGUCCAUAAGCGCUGCCAUCAUCUGAUUGUUACAGCCUGCACUUGCCAGAACAAUAUUAACAAAAUGGAUUCAAAGAUUGCUGAACAGAGGUUCGGAAUCAACAUCCCGCACAAGUUCAGCAUCCACAACUACAAAGUGCCAACCUUCUGCGAUCACUGUGGCUCGCUACUCUGGGGCAUCAUGCGACAAGGACUUCAGUGUAAAAUCUGUAAGAUGAACGUCCACAUCCGAUGUCAGGCAAAUGUAGCCCCGAACUGUGGGGUCAACGCGGUGGAGCUCGCCAAGACCCUGGCCGGGAUGGGCCUCCAGCCCGGAAAUAUUUCUCCAACCUCGAAGCUGGUUUCCAGGUCAACUCUAAGAAGACAGGGCAGGGAAAACACCAAAGAAGGGAAUGGGAUCGGGGUUGAUUCUUCCAGCCGACUUGGUAUCGACAACUUUGAGUUCAUCCGAGUGUUGGGGAAGGGGAGCUUCGGGAAGGUGAUGCUUGCGAGAAUAAAAGAAACAGGAGACCUCUAUGCUGUGAAGGUGCUGAAGAAGGACGUGAUCUUGCAGGAUGAUGAUGUGGAAUGCACCAUGACGGAAAAAAGGAUCCUCUCCUUGGCUCGCAAUCACCCCUUCCUCACACAGUUGUUCUGCUGCUUUCAAACACCUGAUCGUCUGUUUUUUGUGAUGGAGUUUGUGAAUGGGGGCGACUUGAUGUUUCACAUUCAGAAAUCUCGCCGUUUUGAAGAAGCACGAGCUCGUUUCUAUGCAGCAGAAAUCAUUUCGGCACUCAUGUUCCUACACGAGAAAGGAAUCAUCUAUAGAGAUCUCAAAUUGGACAACGUACUGUUGGACCAUGAGGGCCACUGUAAGCUGGCAGACUUCGGGAUGUGCAAGGAGGGGAUCUGUAAUGGAGUCACCACGGCAACAUUCUGUGGCACACCCGACUAUAUUGCUCCAGAGAUCCUCCAGGAAAUGCUCUAUGGACCCGCAGUAGAUUGGUGGGCGAUGGGAGUGUUGCUCUAUGAGAUGCUCUGUGGUCACGCACCCUUCGAGGCAGAGAAUGAAGAUGACCUCUUUGAGGCCAUCCUGAAUGAUGAAGUGGUCUACCCUACAUGGCUCCAUGAAGAUGCCACAGGGAUCCUGAAAUCUUUCAUGACCAAGAACCCCACCAUGCGCCUGGGCAGCCUGACUCAGGGUGGGGAGCAUGCCAUCUUGAGACAUCCUUUCUUUAAGGAAAUCGACUGGGCCCAGCUGAACCAUCGCCAAGUAGAACCACCUUUCAGACCCAGAAUCAAUUGCAACCUUAGCCUGAUGGGGAAUGAAAGACAUGACCUGAGAAUCACAAGCAGCUCCAGAUUUUCCAGGAAUUCCCUUUGUGGGGCAUUUCCCAGGAUCAGCCUUAGAACAAGAACCUUACCUUCAGAGCACAGUUGGGAAACUCUGAAGGACAGAACUUCAGGAGGUCAGCUCUUUCAAGUCCUCAGGAAGCCAGGGUACUGGAAAGAGUGGAUACCAGAAUGAGAGUUCAUGAAGAAGUAUACUGCUCAACCUAGGAGUUACUAUGGCUCUUUUGGGCUUGGGAUAUUAGAAGGAACCAACAGAAGAGAAGGUGUGAAGAAUCGACUUGAUCCUAGAAAUUCUGAGUCCACCAGCUUUUCACUUCAAAAGACAAAUUGAGACUUGGUCUGGGCCCCUCUGUGCUCUUCUUAAGCCAGCGAGCCUGGAAUACUAGCAGUCUUCAAGAAGUCUGUAAAUGCUAAUGAAUUCGGUAGGGAAAUGAAUGGCUUUCCAAACAGAAUGAUUUACUCUGAAGAAACAAAAGGGGCUUCACCCCGUCAAGCCCCAUCUUGAAAACAGAUGUUGAGCACCAAGACAACUGUUCCAGCUUAAUUCUCUCAUCCUCACUUGAACGGAUAUUUAUUGAGUGCCCCAUGAGACAGUGCCACGCGCCCUGCUAGUGUAAACAGAUUUGUGUGCACUGAACUUUCAUGCUCCAGUCCACUUAUUUACCUGAAUGGUGUUUGCAUUCUGUGAAAUGCCUCUCCACCUUGCAUAUAUCAUGCUUCUUUGUCUGCACAUAACUUUGUCCACAGAAGAGGGCUCGCUGCCACAACAGCAACUAUCCCCACAAACAGCAGGUGAGCGAGGGGCUUGCUGCCUAAGGACCUGUGAAAUCUCAUUGUGGGAUGAUGUGCUGAUACUGUGCUGAACUCUGUGAAGAAUCGCACGCCACUCUUGUCAAUGACCAGACUUACGGUUUAGACAGUAGCAGGUUAUUUAAGUUAUAUUUUAAGAGACAAAAAUAUUUGGUAUGCAUUUUAAUAAUUAGAAAGGACUCAUAAACAGGACAUUUACUGAAGGAUCUUAUAAUAUGUACUCAUAUAUGCAGUUGGAGAAUUUUGUCUGGAAAUAAAUGCAUUUUGUAGCAAAAGCAAACUUUUUGUCUAGAAUGAUCUGUCCCAUCCCCACUAGGCGACAAGAUACCUAAUUAAAGGUUUUGAGCUGAAUGAAUAGAACGCCUAAAGCAAAUUCCUGAAAA